AGGAAACAGGAUGUUAUUUUUCCUCAGUAAAGAGAGACGCACAGACGAUCAAACUGCGUUCAGAUCCAACUAGCAGCUUCCACAGAGUGAGUCCAGCUACAGGAGAGAAAACUGGAAAACUCCCACACUGCUGCUUAAAGCUGCUGACGCUCCACACACUGAAUGUGAGUUUGAGAAAAACUCCUGUCUGCUGUUUUCAGCUUCACUCACAGACUCAAUGGCUUCCAGAUCAGAGGACGAUCUCUGCUGUCCGGUGUGUCAGGAGGUCUUCAGAGAUCCUGUUAUUCUGUCAUGUAGCCACAGCUUCUGUAAAGACUGUCUGAAGAGUUGGUGGAGUGAGAGAACAACACACGAGUGUCCAGUUUGUAAAAGAUCCUCAGGGAAUGAACCAUUUGUAAACCUGGCUUUAAAGAACCUGUGUGAGUCGUUCUUACAGGAGAGAGAUCAGACAGCUUCAGAGGCUCUCUGCAGUCUGCACUCUCACAAACUCAAACUCUUCUGUCUGGACCAUCAGCAGCCAGUGUGUCUCAUCUGCAGAGACUCAGAAAAACGCACAAACCACAGUUUCAGACCCAUCGAUGAAGCUGCACAACAACACAGGAAGGAACUUCAGGAAACUCUGGAGUCCUUAAAGAAGAAGUUGAAGGUUUGUGCAGAACUUCAAGUGAAGUUUGAUCAAAUAGCAAAACACAUUAAUGUCCAGGCCCGACGCACAGAGAGUCAGAUUAAGAGGCAGUUUAAGAAGCUUCACCAGUUUCUAGCAGAGGAAGAGGAGGACAGGCUGGCUGCACUGAGGGAGGAAGAGGAGCAGAAGAGUGGGAUGAUGAAGGAGAAGAUGGAGGCUCUGAGCAGAGAGAUAGCUGCUCUUUCAGACACAGUCAGAGCCACAGAGGAGGAGCUGAGAGCUGAAGACGUCUCAUUCCUGCACAACUACAAGGCUGCAGUGGAAAGAGUCCAGUGCUGCCCCCUGCUGGAUGAUCCACAGCUGCCCUCACGAGCUCUGAUAAACCAGGCCAAACACCUGGGCAAUCUGACCUUCAACAUCUGGAACAACAUGAAGGACAUGGUCUCCUACACUCCUCUCAUUCUGGACCCAAACACUGCUCAUCCAGAACUCAUCUUGUCUGAGGAUCUGACCAGUGUGAGACGAGGAGAUGAACAACAGCUUCCUGAUAAUCCAGAGAGGUUUGAUCGGUUCUACUCUGUCCUGGGCUCUGAAGGCUUUGACUCAGGGACUCACAGCUGGGAUGUUGAGGUUGGGUACAGUACAUGGUGGAACCUGGGUGUGUUUGCAGAGUCUGAGGGAUGUAAGGGAGAUGAAAUGUCUGAAUUAUGGAGAUUAAGGUUCUAUAAAGGUAAAUAUUUCACAUAUUCACCAUCAGCUCCAGGCACUGCUUUCUCAGUACAGAAGAAGUUUCAGAGGAUCAGAGUGAAUCUGGACUGUAACAGAGGAAAGCUGUCGUUCUCUGAUCCUGAUACUAACACACACAUACACACCUUCACAGACACUUUCACUGACAGGAUGUUUCCAUUCAUUAAUACUGUGGUUGGUAAAUUGAAGGUUCUGCCUUUAAAGGUGUCAGUGUCAGUGUAAAUUAAUUCAUUAUAAUUUCAUUUCUAAUGUUGUUACAAACCUGUUAAACUGCAGCUGUCCUCCUGCUGCCUUAUUGUUCCAAAGCUCUUUAUUACUCACACUGUUCUCACUCUUUCUUUGUUUCUGCUCUCCACUUUUUCACCUGGAAAAUCAUUUCACUGUUUCUUAUUGAAUGACCCCAAAGCUAUCAAGUUUUUAAUCUGUGAUGAUGUCAGACGUUAGAAAGCUAUCUGACCAACCAGCAGCACACUGUUUAUUUUAUUGGCAGUUUUUUGAAAACGUAAUGUGAGGAGCAUCUAAAGGUAGCUAUUUAGAGCACUUUUUAUUAGAAAUUUCGUAUUAAAAGGGCUCCAAAUGCUCAUUUUGCUGAUGACUUACAUAUGCAGCUAUAGCCUCAGUUAAUAAGUUUAAUGAGGAGUUGGAGGUUGUAGAAAACUCGAUAACAGAAAUAAACUCGUCUUAAAUGAUACUAAAAACAAAUAUUAUGAUGCAUGCUCAAUUAUCCAGGUGUUGAAAUGAUUAUAUAUAUAAAUAUAUAUGUAUAUAUUUUUUUUUAAGUUUUGAAGCUACAGCUUUACUGUUGUCUGCUCUGGUCCAACUUCAGUAAGAGAGGUUUUAAAAAAUUACAAGGAGGUCAGUAUAAAGCAGCACAUUGUGCACUGCAGUGAACUGAUCUGUGAAUCAGAUGUGCAGUAGCAUGGACUGUGUGGCUGAUGGAUAUUACCCUCUGUUCAUUUUAAUCAGUGUUUGCAAAUGAGAUCACUGAGUUGAUUAUUUCAAAUGCUGUUUUCUCACUUCAGUUAACAUUAUCAUCAAAUUAGAUUUGUAGCAGAAAGGAGACUUCCAUUGCCAAAAAUGAGAACAAGUAUUUCUUUGAAAACAGUAAUUUACUGUAAUAGUUAUUUAUGGUGGAACUGAUUGUAAAUCAGAGCACGAAAACAGUAUUUCUAAAAUCACAAGAGUUGUAAAUAAUUUGUGCUGUAUAUAAAAAGACAGCCAGUGGGAAGAGAGUGUGUGUGGGACAAAAUUACAUUUAUAACCUUGAUAAUGGAAGUAAAGUAUAAAAAUGGAAAUGAAAUGUGUUGAAAUUACACUGGAGAAGAAAUAAUGUUUAUUACAAUGAUGCAUUAUGUUAUAUAAACUGUGUCCAAUAUAAACUUUGAUUAUUGUUUCUGUGUAAUGUUCUAAUGUAGCUUUAUUUUAAUGUUCUCAUGUCAUAAUUUCAGUACUGUUAUUGUUUUAUAUAGUGUUGGUUUGUCAUAACAUUUCAAUAGACAACAGGAUUUUUGAAAAUCAUUUGUUUGCGUUUAUAUUUUUGAAAUACUAUAUUUGUGCAUCCUUUAACAUUUGUGAAUACUGGAUUACAAUAUAUCAAAAAGCAAUGCAUUGUUAACAUGAUUAAUUCUGUGUUUUAACUUUAGAAUUAUGUUUAAGAUUCAUUAAACUUUUUGAAAACAAACAUUAACAAUCAUGAUGAAAAGAUCCUUGUUUCUAAAAAAUCCAGCUGCUGUACUGAGAAAAACUAAUUGGGCUAAACACACUUAUCUGUAGUUUGUUUCCAUUUAGGAUGACAGGAACAUCAGAACAUAAUAAACAUGUCUAAAGAGCCAAGGAUAUGCUGCUGUCUUCUCAGCGUGACUGGAAAACAGAAAAAUGAGACAGAUUUUUAGAGACAGUAAUCAACUGUGGCCACAUGAUGGCAGCAGCUGAUCAGAGAUCAUUUAUGGGACAGAGCAGCUCUGAAACCAUCAGACUGCCUUGUUUGUUCUGUCCUUUGUGGAUCUGAUUCAACCUAACAAAGUGAAGAAUGUCCAGACCAGCAUAGACAUGUGAUGUGAUUUAGUUUUGCACGUAAUUUCUGGAUGUGUAUUAACAAUAUGUGACUGAGUGAAAAGGAUGUCACCAGGCAACUGGGAUUCAGAUUAAUUUGUGCUGGGCUCUACAGAAGUUAUUGUUUUCAAUUGCACAUUUUUUUUUACACAUAUGUACAUGUGUGUAUAAAUUAAUAUUAACUGUUCUAUUAUUGUGCUGUAAAUUCAUCAACUUGUCUCAAUAGAGGCCAUCUGUGCUUUCAAGGAGAGAAUAAAACAGCACCUCCCAUUG